GGCACCGACUCAGGCCUAAAGGGUGGCUGCUAACUCAGCAGAGUGCUGAGGGCUCAGGCUAGAUUACAGACCGAGUUACAGACAGAGCACGCAAAGUUAAAGACAGGCAGGCUACUAAACACUUGUCUCUCUCAAUCGCUAUUGGUGGAGGAGUUGUCACAGCUGGGCAAGUUACUAUAGCAGUGUGGGCUACACAGUAGGAGUCUAUUUUGGUCCUGCUGUCAGAUGACGAUGUCACCUUGCACAAGUGGCAAUGCUGGUUGAGGGGAAACAGGUUGCCUGAAGUGGGCUGGAAAACUAUGUCAGGGGCGGAUAAGGACGAGGAACCUGCUUACAGACUCUACUUCUAUUCUGCAUCCUUCCAGCGCUCCAACAGCCAUGACAAAGUGAGGAAGAUAGUGGCUGAGGAGGGCCGCGCUGCCCGAAACCUCAUUGCCUGGAGUGUACCCCUAGAAAACAAAGAGGAGGAAGCAAAGUCCAAAAGCAACUCCAGCAGCAGUUCAAGGGGUCAGCGAAUCAACUCUGGACUACACAGGAAUAAGAAACAGAAUACAGGCGUGGAAAACAAGGGUACAGCUGGUUCACUGUUGGACAAAGGGGCAGAGAAAAGCCCCACCAAAGCCAGACAGCCACGCAAGGUUGACCUGCGAGCGCGCUACUGGGCCUUCCUCUUUGACAAUCUGCGUCGGGCUGUGGAUGAGAUCUACGUCACCUGUGAAUCUGAUCAGAGUGUCGUAGAAUGCAAGGAGGUGUUGAUGAUGCUGGAUAACUAUGUAAGGGAUUUCAAAGCGCUCAUAGACUGGAUUCAGCUCCAGGAGAAGUUGGAGAAAACUGACGCUCAGAAUAGGCCCACCUCUUUAGCCUGGGAGGUGCGCAAGAUGUCUCCAGGACGUCAUGUGAUGCCGAGCCCCUCCUCUGACAGAAUUGUUGCAUCUCCUAGUGCACGUCGCUCCCUCAGCUUUGGUGGUCCUCCACCUACACUUGCUGCAGCCCGGCUCACAGGCCCCAGCUGGGCUGACCGGGUGAAGUGCACCCAGUCCCUACCCAACUCUGGUCAACCUGCCACCUGCCCAGUAGAGAAACCAGGAAAGAAGGAUGCUGAGGGCUGGGAGACUGUCCAGAGAGGACGUCCUGCCAGGCCUCGCUCUGCCGCCAUAGUUGCCAAGGUCAGUCCGGUCUUGGCUCAUGUCACCCCCAAACAGGACAGUGCCAAGGAGAGCCAGUCACAGCUACUGCCACAAGAAGAGCAGCAACUCUGCCCUCCCUGUCCCCAGGACAAGGACGGGGCCCAGACGGACUCUGAGCAGCCAGUCCCUGUGGAGCCUGGCCCCAUGGAGAAGGCUGGAGAUUCUGAAAACAGGCACAUGAUGGAGCCCCCAGCAGAGAGUGUCCAAGAUUCGGGGCAGUGCGUCGACGCACCCUGUGAAGACGCGCCUCCCCCAAUAUCAGCUCUCACCCCUUCCCAAGUCCCAGAGCUCACCCCAACCUCAGCCCCAGUCCCACCCACAACCAUAUCCCUCCCAGUCCCAGUCCCCACUAUGGUCCUCUCCCCAUCCCCAGAUCUACCCCAGAUGGAUGGGCUUGGUACACUGCCGGCCUUGGGGGACAGUGGGGCUGUGGGGGGCGCGUCGCAGGGCAUGGCCACAUCUGCUCCAGGACAGGCUGAGACUCCCAUGGCAGCGGUGAAACUGGAGAGUGUGCUGGACCCCACAGAGCUUUCUACUCCCCAGUCCAUGGCAGAGGUCCUGGCCAAGAAAGAAGAACUGGCUGACCGUCUAGAAAGGGCAAAUGAGGAGGCCAUCGCCAGCGCCAUUGCUGAGGAGGAGCAGCUGACCAGAGAGAUUCAGGCUGAGAACAACGACCUGGAGACAGACAACGAAAGUGACUUCUCUGCUAGCAUUGGCAAUGGAAGCUGUGGACUCAAUAUGGAUUGGAGUGAUAUGCUGGCAGAUUAUGACGCUCGAGAGCCAUGGCGUCAGAGCACCUCCUGGGGGGAUAUGGUGGAAGAGGAACCUGCACGGCCUCCUGGGCAUGGGAUCCACAUGCAUGAGAAGUUGUCCUCACCGUCACGUAAAAGAACCAUUGCUGAGUCCAAGAAGAAACAUGAGGAGAAGCAGCUUAAGGCCCAGCAGCUGAGGGACAAGCUUCGGGAGGAAAAGACACACAAACUACAGAAACUUUUGGAGAGGGAGAAAGAGGUAAGGAAAUGGAAGGAGGAGUUGUUAGAUCAGCGUCGCAGGAUGAUGGAGGAGAAGCUGUUGCAUGCAGAGUUCAAGCGGGAGCUGCAGCUCCAGGCCAUCGUGAAGAAGGCCCAGGAGGAAGAGGCCAAGGUGAACGAAAUAGCAUUCAUCAAUACUCUGGAAGCCCAGAACAAGAGGCAUGAUGUGUUGGCCAAGUUGAAUGAGUAUGAGCAGCGCCUUAAUGAGCUGCAAGAAGAGAGACAGAGGAGACAGGAGGAGAAGCAGGCCAGAGACGAGGCUGUACAGGAGCGUAAACGGGCUCUGGAAGCAGAGCGGCAAGCGAGGGUGGAGGAGCUGUUGAUGCGGAGGAAGGAGCAGGAGGCUCGUAUUGAACAGCAGAGGCAGGAGAAAGAGAGGGCUAGAGAAGAUGCAGCACGGGAGAGAGCCAGAGACCGAGAGGAGCGCCUGGCUGCUCUGAGCGCUGCACAACAGGAGGCCAUGGAGGAACUGCAGAAGAAAAUUCAGAUGAAACACGAUGAAAGCAGCCGUAGGCAUAUGGAGCAAAUCGAGCAGAGGAAGGAGAAGGCAGCUGAGCUCAGCAGCGGUCGGCAUGCCAACACCGACUACGCCCCCAAACUGACACCGUACGAGCGCAAGAAACAGUGCUCCCUUUGCAAUGUUGUGAUCACCUCGGAGGUGCACCUGUUCAGCCACACCAAGGGCAAGAGGCACCAACAGGCCGUGCGAGACAGUAGCAGCAUCCAGGGACGGGAGCUUUCUGAUGAGGAAGUGGAGCAUCUCUCCUUGAAGAAAUACAUUGUGGAUAUUGUGACGGACAGCUCGGUCUCAUCGGAGAGCAUAAAGGAUGGAGAGGAGAGGCAGAAGGCACGGAAGAAGGCAAAGAAGCUCCGCGCAAGGAUGAACUCCAGGGCAAAGGAAUAUGAGAUGUCAGUGGAGGCAAAGACACAGGUCCCCGACUCCCCGUACAAGGCCAAGCUGCAGCGCCUGGUGAAGGACCUGUUGAAGCAGCUGCAGGGUCAAGACAGCGGCCACUGGGCCAACAACAAAGUGUCUGGCCUGGACAGGACCUUGGGCGAGAUCUCCCGCAUCCUGGAGAAACAGAAUAAUGCAGAUCAAGUGGCUUUCCAAGUGGGAGGUGGUCUGUCUGCUCUGGAACAAAUUCUGCAAGUCGUCACUGCUGCCUCCACACCCACCGCAGCUCCACGUAUACCUCUAAAGUCUCUCUGUGCUGCUGUAAACACAUACUACCUGGCCUGUUCCCGCUGCCCCCUCAACUGCUCCUAUGUGCUGUUCAGCAACAAGAUAGCCCUCCUCAUGGACCUGCUGCUACAUCAGCUAACACUGUACGUCCCAGAUGAGGACAAGUCCAUCUUUGGGCGCAGUAUGAACAAACAGGUGUUUGAAGGCUUGACAACAGGCUUGCUGCAGACCAGUGCCACCAUCCUUGGGUUCCUUUGGCCCAAUAUGUCUGAGAGUGAGCAAGGCGAAAAUUCAAGGAUCUGCUCCCCCGACGCCAAGGCCAAGAACUCUGCCACAGAGUCCUUCAACACUCGAGCACAGGACCUAAUCAGCUAUGUAGUGAACAUGGGUUUGAUUGACAAGCUGUAUGGGUGCUUCCUGUCAGUCCAAGGUCCUGUAGACGAGUGUCCCAAGAUGUCUGCCUUUCUUCAGCAGGCCUCAGCUCUGCUGCAUAGCAUAUGUAAGCUGUGCUUCGUUGUGACUGGACGUGCUCCCAGUAUAUUUGACAAUAAGCGCCAGGACCCAACUGGACUGACAGCCCUGCUGCAGUCCACAGACCUGGUGGGAGUGGUGCACACCCUGUAUUGUAUCCUGCUGCACAGCUCCCUGCCAGAGUCUGCUGCCCAGAGUCCUCAGGAACCCUAUGCCCCUGGGGUCAUCCAGGUCGCUCUGCAAGGCAUUCGCUUCCUCAACAGUUUUGCCCUGCUUGACCUCUCUGCCUUCCAGUCUGUUCUCGGAGCUGAGGGCCUGUCUCUAGCUUUCCGUCACAUUGUCAGCUCCCUGCUCUGGUACUGUACCCAGCAUUCCUCUGAAGAGCUGCUGCACGAGGUCAUCAUCUGUGUGGGCUACUUCACCGUUAAUCACCCUGACAACCAGGUGAUAGUGCAGUCUGGCCGCCAGCCCAGCGUGCUGCAGAAACUGUGUCAGCUGCCCUUCCAGUACUUCAGCCACCCGCGCCUCAUCAGAGUGCUCUUCCCCUCCCUCAUCUCGGCCUGCUAUAACAACCCACAGAACAAGGUCAUUCUGCAGCAGGAGAUGAGCUGUGUGCUGCUAGCUACAUUCAUUCAGGACUGUGCCUCAAGUGAGAAAGAUCCAGACAAUAAAGCAAAGCAAGGAGUCUUUCAGCCGCUGGAUUACUGUGAGUUGUCUAACCGCUUUCCAAGAGAUCAGUGGGACUCGGCGCUGCAGUUUUUCCUUAAGAAACAGGAGGAGUAAUAGAGUUGCACACUGUCCUCACAAUGGAUAUGCGUAAAGUAAACACUACAAGGGAGACGGAGACAUGGUUAUCCACUCUGCUUCAUUUUUCCUUUUUUGAUUUUUUUUUUUCUUUACCUUGACUUGAGGUCUGCACAUAAAACUGUUAUUCAAACUUUGCCAAAAUAUGUAAAAUUUUGUGGUUGUUAAGCCUUAUCAUUUGUUCGUGUAUUUGUUAUGAUUUCUUAGAAAUCAUUCGUUGAUCAUGUACAAACCAGUUGUUCAUGUCUCGCAUUUACAGUUCUGAUGCUCACAGCUAUUCCAUUCAGUGCCCAAAAUAGCCAUUUGUUUUUGUCUUUGUUACUGUUGUGGAUAGAAAUGGUCAUGCACACAUACACAAAAAUAAUAAUAAUUAAAAAAAAUAAAACGUUUUAUUAUGCUGUAAUAAUUCACUUUCUAAACAUUUCUGUAAAUUCUUUGUGUUAAUUUAUUUAUCUUUGCUCAUCAUUUAGAAUGUGAAUGACCUGACCAGAAUGUUAUUCCUGUAGUUUACAUGGUGCAAGUUUUGUACAAGUUAUACAAACUGUCCUGAUUGCUGGUAUCUGUUAAGAGUUCUGUAUGUUUUUCAAGUUCACAUAUGUCCUUGUUUUUUUGUUUUUGUUAUGAUUUUCUCUGGUGGGAAGCACUUAAAAAUUAAUAUAAUAUAUUACGUAAUUUACCUUUGUCUAUCACAAAAAAUAAACAAAUCACUUAUGCUGACA